CUUAACUAUUACAACCCAGUGUUUUUUUUAAUUGGGAAAAUUUGUUGAACGAUUGUGUAGUUAUAUUGUAUUACAGAAUUUAUUCCCUAAAUAAUUUAAGAUAUUAUGCAAUAAAGUGCUUUUAAUUAUUAUCAACAGAAUUGUGAUCAAUUAGUUUGGUUUUUAACGCUUCCGACCGAUGGUUUUACAUUGUAUGUAACCUCUAGUAAUAUGUCACAUCAUUAAUUUUGCUAAAUUUUGGUAUACACUUUGGACUUAACAUUUAACUUGAACAUGGCUAGUCUAUCACCUAAUUCAAUGGGACCGCCUGGACCUAAUCAUCAACAACAACCUCAAUCUUCUCAACAGCCUUCUCCUCAACAAUUGCCACCUCCAUCUCUUCAGCAGCAGCAACAACAACAACAGCAUCAACAAAUACAACCACCACCACAACAGCAGCCGUCUUCUCAACAGCAACAUCAACAACUGCAGCCAGCUCCUCAGCAGCAGCAUCAGCAACAGCCGCUGCCUUCUGGACCUCCACAACCAUUACCUACUCAAAAUUAUCCUCCCAGUCAACCCGGGCCUCCAGCUUCUCCUAACAUGCAGCAAGGAACACAAACUUUUCCACCGCAAGGCAUUCAACCUAAUGGGCCACCCCAAGAAAAUUUGAAUGCAUUACAAAGAGCUAUUGAUUCAAUGGAAGAAAAAGGGUUACAAGAAGAUCCAAGGUACUCUCAAUUACUAGCUCUUAGAGCUCGACAAAAUGGCAUGGAUCCUAAUCAAAGACCUCCCCUACCUAUGCAAAGUAACUAUUCUCCUCAUCCGGAUAAACCACCAUCACCUCAGCAAAAUUCUCCAAAUCCAAAUGGUCCUAACACUUCAGCACCACAAAGUAAUUUGACACAAUCUCAAAUGCAACAACUUAGAGUUCAAAUUAUGGCAUAUAGACUUCUUGCUCGUCAACAACCUUUAAACCCAGCUUUAGCUUUAGCUGUCCAAGGAAAAAAUUCACCUCAAAGUUAUCCCCCUUCACCACAUCAUCGUCAAUUAGAACCAGGAGAAAUUGUAGAUAAUAAUAUGUGCAUGCAAUCCGGAGCUUCAAUGAGAGGUCCUAUGCCUCCAAUGCAAAAUGCUCCUAGACCACAAAUGCCUACUGGUCCAAUACCACAAUCGCCUGUACGUAUGCCUCAAUCUAUGGCCAAUUCUCAAGCACCACUACAGCCCCCACCUAACACUCAAAACCCUCAUAGUCAACAACAAAAUCAACCACCUUUAGCAACUGUAAAUGGACCCCAAUCACUUUCAAAUAUGGGUCCAACUCCUCCAGUUACACCACAAACUCCUCAAAUAUCAAAUCCACAACCUGUUGGACAACCACCUAUGGGAGGUGUUCCUCAACCUACAAUUAGUGGCUCACAUCAAAUGUCUGGAAUUCCUCCACAUGUGCCAAAUAUGCCUACUACAAAUGGACCAUCUCAUCAACAACCACCACCGCAACAACAGCAACAGCAACCAGCACAAGGUACUGCAGCACCUCCCAAACAAAAUAGAACUACUACUUGUCCAAAACCGGUAGGAUUGGAUCCUCUUAUAAUUUUACAGGAAAGAGAAAAUAGACUAGCUGCACGUAUUGCUCAUCGUGUAAAACAGUUAAGCAAUUUACCAACUACAAUGAGUGAUGAUUUGCGAAUAAAAGUGGAAAUUGAGCUUAGAGCUUUAAGGGUUUUAAAUUUUCAAAGACAGUUAAGAGCUGAAGUAGUAGCUUGCACACGCAGAGACACAACAUUAGAAACUGCUGUUAAUGUAAAAGCAUAUAAGCGAACUAAAAGACAAGGACUACGUGAAGCAAGAGCUACUGAAAAACUAGAAAAACAACAAAAACUAGAAGCUGAAAGAAAGAAACGUCAAAAACAUCAAGAGUAUCUCAGUACUAUAUUGCAGCACUGUAAGGAUCUUAAAGAAUAUCAUAGAAAUAAUAUUGCUAAAAUAGGACGAUUAAAUAAAGCCGUUUUAAGUUAUCAUGCUAAUGCUGAACGUGAACAAAAGAAAGAACAGGAAAGAAUAGAAAAAGAGCGUAUGCGUAGGUUGAUGGCUGAAGAUGAAGAAGGAUAUAGAAAAUUGAUUGAUCAGAAGAAAGAUAAGCGACUGGCAUUCUUACUAUCACAAACUGAUGAAUAUAUUGGAAAUUUAACAGAGAUGGUAAAAGAGCAUAAAUUAGAACAAAAACGAAAACAACAAGAAGAUCAAAAAAAGAAAAAGAAAAAAGAUGGUCCUGAUGAUCUUGAUGAAAGUUCACAACAAUCAGAUAUGCAUGUGUCAGUAAUAGAGCCAUCUACAGGGAAAACACUUAAAGGAGAAGAUGCUCCUUUAGCAUCUCAACUUAAUAGCUGGUUAGAUGAUCAUCCUGGUUGGGAAGUAGCUGAAGAAUCUGAUGAUGAAGAAGAAGAUGAACAAGAUGAUGAAGAUGGAAAUAAUCAAAAGGCUAAGAAAAGUAACAAUGAAAAAGGAGAUGAAUUGGAACCAAUCAAGAAAGCUAAAAUGGAAGAUGAUGAAUAUAAGAAUGCAUCAGAAGAACAUACCUACUACAGCAUUGCUCAUACCAUACAUGAAAGUGUCACUGAACAAGCUUCCAUUUUAGUGAAUGGUAAUCUUAAAGAGUAUCAAAUUAAGGGUCUUGAAUGGCUAGUGUCAUUAUUUAAUAAUAAUUUAAAUGGAAUACUUGCUGAUGAAAUGGGCUUAGGUAAAACAAUUCAAACUAUUGGACUCAUCACUUAUCUUAUGGAGAAAAAAAAAGUUAAUGGACCAUUUUUAAUUAUUGUACCAUUAUCGACAUUAUCAAACUGGGUGUUGGAAUUCGAAAAGUGGUCUCCAUCAGUCUGUGUUGUUGCUUAUAAAGGCUCUCCAAUUAUGCGUCGUACAUUACAAGCACAAAUGCGUUCAACUAAAUUCAAUGUUUUAUUGACAACUUAUGAAUAUGUUAUUAAAGAUAAAGCAGUUUUGGCUAAAUUACAUUGGAAAUAUAUGAUAAUUGAUGAAGGUCAUCGUAUGAAAAAUCAUCAUUGUAAACUAACCCAAGUUUUAAAUACUCAUUACAAUGCUCCACAUAGAUUAUUGCUUACUGGAACACCUCUUCAAAACAAACUUCCCGAAUUAUGGGCCUUGCUUAACUUUUUGCUUCCAUCUAUUUUUAAAUCUUGUUCUACUUUUGAACAAUGGUUUAAUGCUCCAUUUGCAACAACUGGAGAAAAAGUGGAAUUAAAUGAAGAAGAAACUAUUCUUAUUAUUCGUCGGUUACAUAAAGUAUUACGACCAUUCUUAUUACGUCGUUUAAAAAAAGAAGUGGAAUCACAAUUGCCUGAUAAAGUGGAAUACAUUGUUAAAUGUGAUAUGUCUGGUCUUCAACGUGUUUUGUACAAACAUAUGCAAAGUAAAGGUGUUUUGCUUACCGACGGUGCUGAAAAAGGAAAACAAGGCAAAGGUGGUGCCAAGGCACUUAUGAAUACAAUUGUGCAAUUACGUAAGCUGUGCAAUCAUCCAUUCAUGUUCCAGAGUAUAGAAGAAAAAUUCUGUGAACAUGUUGGAACUGCAGGAAAUGUUAUUCAAGGGCCAGAUUUGUACAGAGUAUCGGGAAAAUUUGAGUUGCUUGAUAGAAUUUUGCCUAAAUUAAAAGCAACUAAUCAUAGAGUUUUGUUAUUUUGUCAAAUGACCCAAUUGAUGACUAUAAUGGAAGAUUACUUAGGAUGGCGAGGUUUUGCUUACUUAAGACUGGAUGGCACUACUAAAGCUGAAGACAGAGGGGACUUAUUAAAAAAGUUCAAUAGUGCUAACAGUGAAUACUUCUUGUUUUUGUUAAGUACUAGAGCUGGUGGUUUGGGUUUGAAUUUACAAGCGGCUGAUACAGUUAUUAUAUUUGAUUCUGAUUGGAAUCCUCAUCAAGAUUUACAAGCCCAAGAUCGGGCCCAUCGUAUUGGUCAGAAAAAUGAAGUAAGAGUAUUACGUUUGAUGACUGUUAAUUCUGUAGAGGAGCGUAUUUUAGCUGCAGCUCGUUAUAAAUUAAACAUGGAUGAAAAAGUUAUUCAAGCUGGUAUGUUUGAUCAAAAGUCCACAGGAUCAGAAAGACAACAAUUUCUACAAUCAAUUCUUCAUCAAGAUGAUGGAGAUGAUGAGGAAGAAAAUGAAGUACCUGAUGACGAAGUUGUCAACCAAAUGAUUGCUCGGUCUGUAGAGGAAUUUGAAACAUUCCAAAAAAUGGAUCUUGAGCGAAGGAGAGAAGAAGCUAAACUUGGUCCUAACCGUAAAUCACGACUUAUAGAAAUUUCUGAAUUACCAGAAUGGCUUGUUAAAGAUGAAGAAGAGGUUGAGAGAUGGACAUAUGAAGAAGAUUCAGAAGAGAUCAUGGGUAGAGGAUCACGUGUUCGUAAAGAAGUGGAUUAUACUGAUAGUUUGACAGAAAAGGAAUGGUUAAAAGCAGCAUUAGAUGAAAAUGUUGACGAUUUUGAUGAUGACGAAGAAGAAGAAAUAAAAUCAAACCGCAAAGGUAAUCGUGGAAAAAAAAGAGGAAGAAGAAAUGCUGAUGAUGACGAUGAUCCUCCAAUAAGAAGACGUAAAACUGUUGGACCAGAAGAAUUGAAACUUCGAAAAAAAAUGAAAGCUAUAAUGAAUAUAGUUGUCAAAUAUACAGAUGCUGAUUCUAGAGUGUUAAGUGAACCAUUUAUGAAGCUACCUUCAAGGCAUAAACUUCCCGAUUACUAUGAAAUAAUCAAAAAACCACUGGAUAUUAAAAAAAUUAUAGCAAAAAUUGAUGAUGGAAAGUAUGCCGAUUUAAAUGAACUAGAAUCAGAUUUCACACAAUUAUGUAAGAAUGCACAAAUAUAUAAUGAAGAGGCAUCAUUAAUUCAUGAAGAUUCCAUAGUAUUGCAAUCAGUUUUUACUAAUACUCGUCAAAGGUUAGAGACAACUGAUAUCAAUGAAUCUGGACCAGAAGAUGGCACUAAAAGUGAAGAUGAAAUAUCUGAUGCUGAUACAACAUCCUCUUCAGUAAAAAUGAAAUUAAAGAUGAAAAAUCGUGGUAAAGGCUCUGAAGUAAGAACUUCCAAUCGAAGAAAAAAAAAGAAACAAAUCAGUGAUGAUGAUGAUGAUGAGGAUGAUUCUAAUUUGUAAACUUUUUAAUACUUAAUUGAUUUUAAUUGAUAACCUCAUUUUUGUGUUAUGUUAGGUUAUUUUAGAAAUUUACUUUUUCUAAAAUAUUUUGAAUUAGAUUUAAUCUUUAAGUAAAUAAUAAAAAUAAUGUAUUACUAUAUUUGUUUUUUAAUUAUUAAAUUUAUAUUAUAUUAUAAUACACUGGUUGUCACUGAA